CGCAUGCUCUUGACGCUCUUCAAGCUCUUCUUGCUAGUCGUACGUCGCAGUUUCGCCUUGAACUUCUGCCAUUUGCCUUGCAGUGAUUCAGUUCCCUCUUCCUUGUCCUUGUCGUCGCGAUGGCUGUCCAAGCUACCUCGUGGAUAUUCUGCCUCACUGCCCAGAUCCACGCUUUCCAUGUUCCUGCUGUGUCCGAGUUCUUGGCAAGGCAGGGCUGGCAACUCCUUCUGUUUGCCUAGGAGGAUAAAUUGUAGAGUCUUCCACGCCGCCAUGUUUGCGAUUGGGCCGUCACUGGAAUUGCUCUGGGUUGUUGCGUUCUUCCAGGGACAGUGUUCACGAUGCGACUCAAGUAGGUUGAGACGAAGUGACUCAAUCGGCCAAGCCGCUGGAAGCAGUGAUCACAGACUGCAAGUGAUAUGCGCGACUCCGAGAGUCCUGACCAGCCGAAGAGGGCGAAUGCGAAGGCAACCAUAUCUGAGGGCGAGGACGGGGGAGUUGCCGAACCGAACAAGUUCGAUGGCAUGCGCUGCACGAUGUCUUUUAUGCUUGGCUCAGGGUAGAUGACGUUCUCGAGGAGCGGUACAUCGGCAGCUAUGGACUGGAAGGACUGGUAACGCGCAAGUAGGCUUGCGGAGCUCGUUGCCCGGCUUGCGAUGGCGAUGUGAUAUAUGUCAUCUGUAGAUGAUGUUAGCGUAAGGUUCUGGAGCAAUCAGUAUAGAAGAAUGUGCUUACCUUGACA